CCUUAGAACUUAGUGAUGCUCCACUUACCAGGGGCAGGGCAGGGGAGGAUGGAAACGGAAGAUGCAGUGCUUACCUUCGAUGGUAACGGAUAAUCAUGGGGAGUUAAUGUUGAAUGUUGUGAAUGUUGGAGAUGAGUCCUUGCUUAGAGGAAACUGGAAGUACAUCAUGUUGGACAGAGCGCAUUUCUUUGUGGUUCUGGGGUUUCUGCAGCAGAGCCCAGUGAAACUGCCAGUAAAGCGCAGCCGACGGCAUCCCUCAUGCAGAUCCAGCCGCGACAUGGCCACCGCUCUCCUAAGGAAAGUGGUUUCCGCCGUGGGCCCCCUGCUGCACCUGGGUGGCCUCCCGUUCUCCUCGCUCGCGCCGUGCCACCCGCGCGCCUGCCGUCAGGUCGGUGCGCCCCCCAGCCCGGCGGCCGCGCUCCUCUCCGCGCGCCUGGUACUCGGCCUGCAGCAGCCAUCCCUGGGCUUCAAGACCAAGGGCGUCCUCAAGAAGCGGUGCAAGGGCUGCUACCUGGUCAAGAGGCGCGGGCGUUGGUUCGUCUACUGCAAGACCAACCCGAAGCACAAGCAGAGACACAUGUAGCCCUCGGGCUGGGAAAUCCCUGCCCGGGAGACGGUGCUGCCUCGUCGAAAGGAAAAUAAAAGUAAACAUUCUGUAGCCUCCGUUCUGCUGACCUUCGGGUGUUGUGGACUCGGCGGCCUGCGUCUCACCUCCUUGUGGCUCAGGAUCCAGCCAAGCCUGAGACCCACCUGGGAACGUGUCCUUCUUAGCUCCUGCGCAACCUGUGUUUGCGCUCGGGCAGAGGACCGAACAUCGGGGGGAGGGAAAGCUGGCUUUAUCCCACGUCAGAAUGCAGGUUCUUUAGAAGACCACCCAGUGCGUUGGCUCUCUCUCGGCCCUGUCUCUGCAUUCAGCCACACUGCUGCUUCCCUGUGGAUUCAGACACGUGUUCUCACCAUUCCCAUCUCCAGGAUAAGCAGGGAAGGCCGUGAUAGCAGUCUUUAAGUCAAGGGAAAUUUAACUUGUUUAUACAUACAUAAAGGUAUUUUGGGCAUUGAUUAAA